AUGUCGAAGGGCGCCUACGAACUGAUGCCGAACUCUGCCAGCGGCACGAAGCGGGCGAAAGGCCGCGUCGAUUACGAUCCAGAGUUCGAGGAUGCGUUCGACUUGUGGUGCCACUACAUGGCCGCAGUGCUCCACGGUACUGGCGUGGGCAGCCCGGCGUCUCCAACCCAUCGCGUCCUCGUCGUGCGGCACGAGGACCUCGUGUGCAGGCCCGAACUCGUGCUGAAUGAGCUCGUCAGGGCUGGCCUGCAAACCAAGGGGUUGCCGUUUCAUCCAGAGCGCAGGCUUCUGGGGGGCCACCACGCCGACAAGGGGCGGGCGGUGGAGGCGCUGAGGGAGGAGGUGCAAACGCCAGUGACCCUGGACGAUCAGAUGGUCGAUUGCAUGGUGUCGAGGGCUCAACGGUACAAAGGCUUGUUUGCCACUUGCUGGUACCCGCCCGCCGACGGCAAACUUCCAGUCGACCACGUGAGUGUCGAGGAUGUUUAUAAAGUUUGCGGAGCGGCGUGA